AGCCAAGAAGAGCGGGACGAGCGCCCGCCGCCGGCUUUUUGCCGGCCGGCGGGCCGGGCCCGGCCUGCCGGCGGGCUCGUGCGUGGCUGCACGCGGCCCGGCAGGCUCCGGAUCAUACCGAGCGCGACUUCAAUGCGCCCCUGGACAGUUGGGGGCAGUGUCUGGCGAGUGUGGAGUAUUUCGACGGUGUGCUCUACCGAAGCCCGAAGCUUAGUGAACGGCCCGGCGCACCCAUCCCCAGUGGUUCUGACAAAGUCGCAGCUCGGUGUGUUUGCUGGAGAUUUCGCAACGGCUCGGCGAGAAAAUAUCGCAAGCGGCGCUGACGCGGCCGAUUGUGGAGCGGGCGCUCGCAUGCAUGGGGGUCCUGCGCCGUCGCACCAGCGUGGAGGGACCACAAAAGGGCGGCCAAAAUGGCCGCUGGCGCGAAG